AUGCGCGCGCGGCUGGCUCGGUACAAGGAGGACUGGGGCAACGCCGACGCGCCGCUGGGGCCAGACGUGGACGGCGACCUCGGCCGUUGGCUCGCCGCGGCGCGCGUCGACGCACUCGACCUGCUCUGCUUCUCGUGGGUGGCGCCCUCGGACGUGGAUGACCCGACGAGGGCGGACUGGGCCGGCAUGCUUGCGCGGCUUGCGGCGUAUCGCGACGAGCACGGCGAUUGCGACGUGAAGAAAAAGUACCAGCGCGACCCGGCCCUUGGCGGCUGGGUGGCGGCGGUGCGGCGCUGCCGCUCCGAGCUGGGCGCGGCCCGCGUCGCCGAGCUCGAUCAGAUCGGGUUCGUGUGGCAGAGCUCGCGCAGCUGCGGGUCGGCCUGGAUGAGCAGCUUCCGCGAGCUGCGAGCGUUCCACGCGGUGCACGGCCACAGCGACGUGGGCGCGGUGCUCGGCGACGGCCACGAGCUCGCGCGGUGGAGCGAGGCGAUGCGCGCGGCGCAGGCGAAGGAGGCGCUCUCGCCCAAGCGGAUGGCGCACUUGCGAGAGGUGGGGUGGUGA